AUGGAGAUAUGUUAUUCUUUUCCUUCUUUGUUCAUUUUCCGCUACCAUAUUUUUUCCUAUAUGAGAUCAGGUUAUGCACCUAAUGUAUCAGUUUACCAUUUAUGGAAUACUGUCUCCACUUUCUUGAUGUAUGAAUUAUUCUGGCCUAAAUGGUGCUUGCUUGUGUUCAACUUGAAAGACGUAUUUGUUAGGAUCACCAACGAGGUUGGUACAGUCAAGGGAGCUAUUGAAAAGGGCAAGAGCAAUGCAGCAACUUCAAAAUACCAGGAUACAAGCAGGACCAACCACUAUUCUGCCCAAGAUAACGAUGACUUUAUUUCUUCAGAAUCAGAUAGACAGCUUCUACUCAUGAGGCAGCAGGAUGAGGAACUUGAUGAGCUCAGUGAAAGUGUCCAAAGGAUUGGUGGUGUAGGGCUAACCAUACACGAAGAGCUGUCCGGACAGGAAAGGAUCCUAAACGACCUAAGCUUGGAGACGGAGACUACUUCCAACAGACUUGAUUUCGUGCAGAAAAGAGUGGCCAUGGUGAUGAAGAAGGCUGGCAUCAAGGGUCAGAUCAUGUUGAUCGCGUUCCUGGUUGUUCUAUUCAUCAUUCUUUUCGUUUUGGUGUUCUUGACAUAG